AUGACGACAACCAAUAAGAUCAUUUCUCUUCAGUUUAAACGGAAGUGAACAGUGACUAAGAGCAAUUUCAACGUUAGCGUUUUUAUUAGGACGUUUACUAACACCAUGGAACUCAAAAUAUGACAUUUAAAUGCAUAGCGUGACAUAAUUAUUCCAGGUAGUGUUUAAUUCUCGUUGGAGACAGGACUUGGUUGAUAGAUGUUGUCUAGGUAACGCUAGCUAGCUGCUAACAAUGGCUAACUGUAUGGUUUUUCACGCUCAAAUAGCCUCCAUUAUGGAGGUACUAGCGAAUGCAGCCGUGGCAGAGAUCUGUAAACUCGUAGACGACGACUAUGCAGUGUUUCGUUUGGAAAUAACUCAAAGCCGGAAAGAAAACGGCUCAUUGCGGAGGAAACUACAGCUACUUGAACUGAAGGUGGCGCGGGAGCGCGCAGAGAGGACAAUGCGAGAGCGCGUCCUCGCCAGUCGUCCCAGUAGUGUCAAGAUCCUCGACCGAAACAGAGGAAUGGCAAGAGGUGAAGGACAUCUCACUGGAGGCCACAGGAGUUUUGUGAAGCCAGCGAGAGACAAUACAUGGCAAGAUGACCAACCAAUCACUGUUGAUGAGGGGAGUGGAACCUCAACCCAGCACGUUAUCGUGAUAGAGUCUGCAGAUGCAGAGGCUGCAGGUCCUGGGGUGAAGCUGGAGGGGUCUGAAGGAGAGGAGGACCCACGGCACAGUAGUGACAUCCAGACUGGAGUGGCUGGAGUACCCCAUGAAGCCACUGAGGACCCCACCACCGCCCCAGCGCCCCAACGCAGCAUCACGGAGGAGGAGAAGGGUCCAGAGGUGCUGUUUAUGAAGGAGGAGGGCUGUGAGGAGAGUCUGGGGAACCCUGAGGGGUCUAUGGUCAUGGAGGACAACCAGACUACACCUCCUCUUGAACCCACAGAGGAAUUAGCUGAGCAGCACAGGACCACAUACAGUCUCACUGAGUCAGUAGACAUGGAGGAUGGGAAGCCGGAUCUGUUGCUGGUCAAAGAGGAGACAAUAGAAGACGGACAAGAGAACAUUGAUUUGCUGAGUGGACUAAAGAUGGGGGAGCAAGUACCUCUUCUUGCAGGUGGUUGGCUGGAGGCUAAUAGAGGAGACUGGGUGAACAUCUUGGAUUCCCAGUCCCAGACCGGUGCCGCCAAGGGCCCAGGGGACAACAUCACUGAGCAGGCCAAGACCAGAGGCGACAUAGUGGAGGUCAGUGGAUGGGACAGUGUCCUCAACUCUGGGCUGGGGAACAACACUGUUAAUCACAACCAGAAACAGACAAUGGAACACAAAACAACAACUGAACUGAGACCAGGACUGGCUGAGACCAGGGCAAGACGUAGAAUUGGUCUGCGGGGACUGGGAGGUGUCCGUAUGCGGCUGAAGAGAACAGACACAGACUCGGCUAGCGAUACUCCAUCCUGCUCCUAUAGUUGUGAUUCAGAAAGACUGAUGGCACCUCAGGUUAACCGUCUAACAGGUGCUUCCUUCAGCCUGCCUUCUAUAGGAUCUAUCAACUGGAAUAUGGACCCUGCAACAACACAGACAGUUCCUGGCCUUCAUCCUCCCCACACUCUCCUAAUGUUAAACCAGACCUCAGACAAUGCCAGUGCCUCAACACUAAAUGGCUACACAAGCACAUUGACAAAUGAAAGUAGUAGAGAUGGAAUCAGUAAAGGUGGCAGCGCCAAAGAGAAGCGCUUCCCGUGUUCAUUCUGUGGGAUAGCCUUCAGUUUCCCCAAACAGGUGGAGAUCCACCAGAGGAUGCACACGGGGGAGAAAGCGUUCAGCUGCCACCUGUGCCCAGCUAGUUUCUCCCGAUCGUCCAACCUGAAGAGGCACCAGAGGGUCCACACAGGGGAGAAACCCUACAGCUGCCCCCAGUGUGCAAAGAGGUUCUCCCACCACCACAAUAUGAAGGUGCACCUGAAGGUCCACACAGGGGAGGCAGUUUCCCUGUAUGCACAGCAGGAGUAGCCUUAUCAGACAAAGUUGUCUAAUAAUUGGGAGAAAUCGUAUCACUUGAGAUACUUAGGGGAUGUCUGGAAACUGUUAUUUAGAUUAAAUAUAGUUAUGUGAAGUGUCUUGAGGUAAGAGUAAUUAACCACAUACCCCUCAUUAACCCUUUGUUAACUUGUCAUUUGAAACAGGCUUGUGUAAAUGCCUGUUUUUAGAGAGACAGUAAACCUAGCUGGGGGGAAUGCAUCGAUACUAGUGUUAGCGCAAAUACAUGCUAGCUGUUCCCGUAGACUUCCAGUCAGUGAGCCAACAACUAUCCAUUUAAAAGCUUGUCUCUGCAAAAAUAUAAAAACAAAUGUAUAUAUAUUUUGCGGAGAUGGCUAAAUGAAUAUAGAGGAAACACUGAAUUCCCCUUUAAAAAAACAGCCCCUUCCCACAAUGGUACCACAUUCCGGAAGUAUCAUCAUUUGUUGGUGGGGGGAAAUUGUGUAAAGCUCUCCACUCUAAGAUUCCACCCUGUUAGGAUUAUGCACCUAACGUUUAUUAAAUGUUGUUAGGAAAGUGGCAAAUAAAAGACUAAUGUCAAUAUUUAUUUAUCUUUGAAUAGAUUUUAUUUUAUGUAUAUUUAGAUACAUUUGUUACUAAUUACAGUUACAUAGCCUAAGGUAAGUAAUUGUAAUGAAAUCCAAUGUGCAUAAAUAAUUGUAAUUAGUAAUGUAAUUGGCUAGCAACAAUAUACAAUCUAUUUUCAUGUCUUACAAGCUCCGGUUGACAAUGUUAAAAAAAGAAAAAUACAGAUGUUUUUUGAUUUGAUCAAAUAAAUAGAAAGUAAAGUAAUGCACAAUAUUCAUUCCUCUUAUAGGUGUUAUGUUUUUCAACCAUUUCAUACAUGGGACAAAAAUAUAAAAUGCAACAUUUAAAGUGUUUGUCCCAUGUUUCAUCAGCUGAAAUAAAAGAUCCCACGAAUGUUCCAUUCACCCAAAAAGCUUAUUUUGCACAAACGUUGUGCACAAAUGUUUACAUCCCAGUUAGUGAGCAUUUCUCCUUUGCCAAGAUAAUCAGCAUGAUCAUUACACAGUGGCACCUUGUGCUGGGGACAAUAAAAGGCCACUAAAAUGUGCAGUUUUGUCACUCAACACAAUGCCACAUAUGUCUCAAUUUUUGAUGGAAUGUCCACCAGAGCUGUUGCCAGAGAAUUGAAUGUUAAUUUCUCUACCAUAAGCUGCUUCCAACGUUGUUUUCGAGAAUUUGGAAGUACGUCCAACCGGCCUCAAAACCGCCGACCAUGUUUAUGGCGUUGUGUGGGCGAGUGGUUUGCUGAUGUCAACGUAGUGAACAGAGUACCCCAUGGUGGCAGUGGGAUUAUGGUAUGGGCAGGCAUAAGCUACGGACAAUGAACACAAUUGUAUUUUAUCGGUGGCAAUUUCAAUGCACAGAGAUACCGUGAUGAGAUCCUGAGGUCUGUUGUGGUGCCAUUCAUCUGCUGCCUUUACAUCAUGUUUCAGCAUAAUAAUGCACGGCCCCUUGUCGCAAGAAUCUGUACACAAUUCUUGGAACCUGAAAAUGUCCCAGUUCUUCCAUGGCCUGUAUACUCACCAGACACAUCACCCAUUGAGCAUGUUUGGGAUGCUCAGGAUCAACAUGUACGACAGCGUGUUCCAGUUCCUGCCAAUAUCUAGCAACUUCGCACAGCCAUUAAAGAGGAGUAGGACAACAUUCCACAGGCCAUAAUCAACAGCUUGAUCAACUCUAUGCAAAGGAGAUGUGUCGUGCUGCAUGAGGCAAAUGGUGGUCACAACAGAUACUGACUGGUUUUCUGAUCCAUGAUUUCCUUAUAUGAACUACAACUCAGUAAAAUCUUUGAAACUGUUGAGUUUAUUUUUGUUCAGUAUAGAUGUAAAAAGUUAUUUUAUUUUAAAUCAUGUAUUCAUUAUUGGUGUUAGUUCUACCCUGUUAUGCUUCAUUCUACCCUGUUGUGUUGGUAUUUUUAUAUCAGAAUUUAACAAUACCAUCAAAUGUUCUGCAUAUUUUUGUGGUAACUUGUAGCGAUGUAAGGGGUCAGCUAAACAUUCACCCCCUUUAGGCUUUUCCUAAUUUUGUUACGAACUGGAAUUAAAAUGGAUUUAAUAAUCA